GUGAGUGUGUGUGUGUGUGUGUGUGUGUGUGUGUUCGAGUGUGAGCGCUGCUGGCUGGAUCUGCUGAGUGUGUGUGUGUGUGCGGAUUUUUCACCUUCUGCUGCACCACUGUGGGAUUUUAACCAUGCACUGGAGUCUGAUGGAUCUGUUCUGAAGACAGAAACAGUCCGAUCGGCGGAUGUUUUGGUGUGUGACUGGAUGGGGGUGUGAGGAGGAGUGUGUGUCCCAUGUUGCACUAGGAGUGCGAGUGUGUGUGUGAGAUGCUGGCCUGUUUGCCAGGGCCAGGUGACCUCUCUCUUCAGCUUCUUCCCCACUCGCAGAUGAACACUGGACUUCAGAAAUGGGACACUACACAGAGGAUGAGAUCAGCCCAGUAUCCGACCCCUGCGGACCUCGACGCUUAUGCUAAGAAGGUGGCCAACAGCCCGCUCACUAUCAAAAUCUUCCCCAACAGCGUCAAGGUCCCACAGCGCAACCACGUCCGGCGCACCGUCAACGGUCUGGACGCGGGUGGUGCUCGCUACAGCCCCUAUCCCCCUUUGCAGCCUGCAGCCAAGGCUGGCCUUCUGGCCAUCGUCAAGGCUCCUAUACCCAAGGGCAUCGUCAAAGACUUUGCUGGUACUCGUGCGACAAUGAGCGCCCCUGGAAGCUCCUACGGCCCAGCAUCAAGCACUUUAACCCUUCAGCAUGCGCCUCAGCCUGUUCAGAGACCUCCUCACCAUCAGCAAGGUCUGCAACAACACGCUCAACCUAUCCAGUCGAUUCAGCAGCAACACCACGGACUCGGGCAUCAUCCGUCAUCGGCUAUGUCUCAGAACCCACAGAGCAUGAGCAGGACGCAGCCUCUUUCUCAUCUCCCUCCUCAUGGUCACCCAGGUCCUCAGCCUCCCUCUGCUCUUUUGCUCCAACAGCAGCAGCAUCACCUGCAACAGCCUCCUCCAGGCUUGCAGGGUGGUGCUAGGAAACUCACAGAUGCCGAUGCCCCUCCCAAUGUGACUGUUUCUACCUCAACCAUUCCACUCUCCAUGGCUGGCGCCUUGCAUCAGGGUCACCAGGCUGACCUGAGCACCAUAGUGCACCAGAUUAACCAGUUCUGCCAAGCUAGGGCCCAAGGAGCUGGGGCUACGUCUAUGUGUGAAGGACAGAUCGCCAAUCCUAGUCCCAUAAGUCGCAACUUGCUUAUCAACGCCAGCUCCCGAGUGGCCAUGCACAGCGGGCAUUCCAGUGCUGUACCUCCGGGCCUUGGGCACGCCUCAUGCACCAUCGGAGGCCCAGAUAAAGCAGCGGGGGCUGCCCCAUUGGGUGUUGGAGUACCUGCUCACAACAUGGGCAGUGUAAACAGGAUGGCAGUGUAUCACAAUGAUUUACAGCAGCAACAUGUACAGCAUCAACAGAACCACCAACAGCAUCCGGUUUGCCACCAACAGCAGCAGCAGAUGAGGUCAUGGAACCAGCAUCAGCUAGUACACUUGCAACAAGUCUCAGACGGCCCUGGGCACUCUUGCAAACCUGCCCCAAGAGACCCAGGCUUCCUGUGUAAAAGCAUGACCUACCCAUCAGAGUUGUGUGUUGGGCAGCCUUAUGCACUCAAACCCCUCAUGGAUAAACCUACACCCUCGCCGCCGGUUGUCAACAAUAACAACGGGAGCAUGCCACCCGGCACCGUGGCGCACUACGCCAACGGCCAGUACUACCACCAGGUGCCUGUGUGGGGUAGUAUUCUCCCUACACCCAACAGCGACAGUUCAGGCUCACAGGAUAUGCCCGUGCCUUUCCACGUCCCCACAGGCAACGGAUCAGGCAGUACCAACCACACCCCAGGGGUGGACUGUGCCCCGGCGGGAGCGACGGCCCAUUACCGGCCAACAGGCGUGGCAGGGGGAGCCAUGGUGGGACAUACUAAUCUGAUGCAAGCCGCAGAUUACAUGGGAGGGGACUUCCAGACGCCCUGUUUCCGAGAUCAGAAUCUUGGCCUGAUGGGGAAGAUGGCCAGGCCUCCCCCCAUGACUCACGGUCAGCACCCAGGGUACAGAUAAGCUCCGACACACAGGCUCUGCUCACCGUUUCUGUCUAGUGCAGAUGCCCUAGCGCAGUCAUCUCCUUUCAUGCCCUUUCUGUCUUAAACGGAUGAUAUGCUGGAAAGCAUCACUAUAUGUUUAUUUACAUAAAGGAUUCAGUUCAGAAGAAGAAGAAGAAGAAGAAAGCGAUCGCUGGUGUUAUACAGGACUUGAACACAUCUAACAGAGCAGUGUUUUCAUUUUUUUUCCUUCUUUUAAUCGUCAUUCUUGCAAGUGAUCAAUUUUCCAAAAGGAAGUGUUUUAAUUAAGUGUUGGUUUUGCUUUGUGCUUAGUCCUCUAUUAUCACUUCAGAUCCCUCAGUCUCAUUGGUUUAAGAAUUUGUGUAAUGAUACACAUAUUAAUCAGGAGGCUGUGUGAUUUUUGCAGAAGAACGUGUACGUGACAGACGGGUAGGCUCAUUCGGUCUAGGCACCAUUAUUAAAGUGCACACUUCUAUUAAAGUAGAUACAUGACAGUUCAGGACUGGCUUGUUGGUGUUUUAUGGCGUCCCUGCAUCAUAUCAUGCAUGGCCUACCAGUAAUAGUGCACUGGCAUGCUGUCUGCAUGGGGCUAUUGGAAAUAAUUUGUAAUUGAUAAGCACCAGGUACUUUUAUUAGAUCUGUUUGUGCAGUUACUGACUAUAGACUUGGAGACCUUGGGCAGGUUAAGUCUACGUCUGGCACCAUUAACCAUGAAUGAUUAACUCUUGGCAGGAAUUUAUGCUCCAGCCAGAAUGUUUGUUGAGGAACCUCAGUAAAGUACACAUCAGGAUAAUGUUUUGGGAUCUGGCGAGUCUGAUUGGUUUGUCCAGCUUACUCGUGGAAAAAAGUUGGAGAACAUCUAGAUUUUAAUCUCUUGUUCUCUUAAAACCAGCAGAUGCUGAUCUGGAUUCAUCAUGUUUUUAGAUUAUUAAUGGAACUGUCAUGGAUUUGAUCGGGCUACCACACACAUUUAGCCAUUCUCUUGAGUGUUCCCUGUAAAAUAUAUUCCCAAACACGAAUGCAUUUCUGCAUUUGUAAUUUUUUGCUAAUAGGUUUAAUAUGGCCUGCUCAUACGUCUUUCAUUCCACAAUGGCUUCCAUUGUGCCAGUCUGUUUAUGGAGUGUUGCAUAGAUAGUUGGCUCAUUGAGUUCUUUUUUACCUCUCUGACCAAGGCCCUACUUGCCCAGGUGCCCAUUUGACUGUGGGUCUGUUCGAAAACCUUAGGCAGCUUGCUAAGUUGAGAGAAUUCUAAUAAGACAUCGACUUAUAAAGCAGGUUAUUCAGAUGCACUACUUAGACAGUGAUUACAUUAAUUUUUGCUUACUAAGCUAACAAAAUUAGCCCCAUGUCAUUCAAACCAAUGGGAUGAGGUGGCACAACAUGCUAGCAUGUCAAUUAACGUCUCUCUCCAUGUACCAAAAAUGGUUAAAUUGUCACUGACGAACCUGAAGAACAUUCGUUGCUCCGCAUUCGCCCACAGAGUACUUUGUAAUUUUUUGUGAGAAAAGUUGUGCCGCACUGAAUGCUGGGAUUGUCUUCACCCCUAAAGAAGUAUCGGAUGCUCGCUCGUUAUUCAGUCAAAAUACCAGUCAAAUUUAAGGUACCUUACUAGGCAGCAUUUGAAAGCAUCUAAGAAUUCAGACAGCCUUCUUCUAUGGAGCGCAUAGGAUGACGUAAAAUGCGUCUAUGUAGAGCUCACUAUGUUUUCGAACAGACCCUGUAUGUCCAACUAGAAAGGUUCAGUCUUGUGCCAGUCAUUGAUGCCUUUGUGUUCCUAGGAACACUCAAAGUCUUAGAUUGGUUCAUACCUAUACCCUGAUCUAUGACUAGCCACAGUUUGAUUACAGAGCUCCACAGACACUUCCUUGGACUCCUUGGCUUGGUAAGAAGUGUUUGGUGUAGCCUGCAGACCUUGGUGUAGUCCAGACCUUAAGCCCACUGAAGACCUAUGGGAUGAAUUGAAACUAACUGCAAGCCAAACCGUCUGGUUCAUCAUUGGUGUCUGACCUUAUGACUGAUUAAUGACCGAUAGGGCACAAACUUUUACAUAUACACUUGCUGGUCCAGGCUUAAGAUUCUGGAAUAGAAUAGGAUGGGAUUUCAAAAAGGAAGUCCGACAAGCUCAUGGUCAGUGUAAACAUACAGUCGGCCAUGUAGUGUAUCAACAAGCAGAUGUUAUUUUAUCUUAAUUAAUAUAUAUAUAUAAAAAAAAAAACAUUACUUGAAUUGAAGACGUAGAUGGAUUUUGUUAGAAGGUUAGCAGGACUAAACUUACUACUGCAGAGUUGUGGAUUGUUACUAAUUAUUAUUUCGUAACUAACUAUAAACUAUGAACCAAAUUGAGACUGAAAUUAUUCAGUUGUGUGUUUUUAAUUUUAUUUUGUAUUUGUGUGUUUGGUUUAAUGGGGAUGGGGGGUGAGUUUACUGAAAUAGCUUGCUACUGAUACUGAGAAUUAAAUGUCCGAAUCGACCAAAUUGAUCACUUGCAAGAUUGCUUGUGGGUAAAUCAAGGAGGACUUUUUAAGGGGUGAAAUUCAUUCAGCAGAUGAAUCGAUUAUUUUAUUGUACACUGGCUAAUCCGCUACACUACUGUAACUUUUAUGAAGUGUAAUGAAUGUGUGAAUAUGGGUGUGGUUUGUGCGGGAGUGAUUGGUAGGUGUGUGUGUGUGUGUGUGGGUGGGUGGAUGGGUGGGUUGGUUGGAUUUGCCAAAACCCACUUGGCUUGCCUCCCUUUGGAACAGCCCUUAUGAAGCCUUAAGUAUUUGGUCCUUGGACUUUCCUUUGAAAACAAGCAUGGUCAUUAUGAAACGUAUAAUACUGAUAAUUAUAAAAAUGACUAUAAAGGAAUAGCAAUUUUUCCUUGUUUAUUUUUCUUAACUAAAGCUUUUGUUGAAUAGAAAAGCAAUUCCUUAGAAUGAAAAACGAAGAAAAAAGAAUAAUAUUUUAUCGUAAUUAUGUUUUAUAGCAAUGUGUAGUUCUGGGCUGUAACAAGAAUCUUUUUAUUCCAAGUUUCAAAGCUUCAGUUUUGCAAUUUGUGACUAUUUAUAAUUAUAAGCUCUUUUUUUUCUUGUUAUUUAAAUAAGUUUUCUGUUGUUUUUUUGCUAUAGCUGUGAAAUGGAGGAAGGUUCUAGAAGACUUUCUCAUACGUCACUCUGUGGCCGUUGAAUGAAUGAAUGAAAACUAGAGUGUGUGGACAGUUGUGCUACUCUUUUUGUAAUAUUGUAAUAAUAAAAUAAAGUUCUAAUUUAU